AUGGCGUAUAGCUGCGAAACUAUCGACGCUGUUGCACCACGAUCUUUCAAGACAGAAGAUAUUGACGACAUGAGACCUCACGGACAGCAAAUCUCUGAUCAAUUGACUGUCGAGGUUGACUGCCGUUCUUUGGGCCCCAGUGAAUGCCCCUCGAUGACUUCGAGCUUUUCUCCUUUGGAUUCUCCAACCCCAACCCCAACCAGUCUUUACAGCCAAGGCUCAAUGGCUUCUCCCGGAUGGCACGAAGCCCAGCACUACCACACCAUGCCAAUGGAAAGACGGACUUCAGCAACGCCACUGCGCAGCGCGUUCCGGAUGGCCGAUCUCACUUCCGGUGAAGGCAUGGGUAUGCCUUGCGGCAACAUGGAUCGCCAGGAACAGAUGCCCAUCUCCGAGUACCUGCCGGGUUACGAUGAGAAUGUUGAGCAGUUCUGGAUUCCUCAGGAUGUGCCCAAGACCUACCAUGAACAAUCGUUCCCUUACCAGGCCCCGAUGCCUCAGUACAACCAAAUGGCACGUAACUACUAUCACCGUCCCCAGCAGGCUGGAUAUCUGCCCGAGUCAGCCUCCAACCCUUGUCUCUCUCGCCCGAUCUUCAACCAGCCCGCUGAGCGGAUGCCCAACUCGGCUUCCAUGUCCAACAUGAUGCCCUGGAUGCCAUCGCACGAGUCAUUGGUACCCCAGACUAUUACCCCAGCCCAGGCUUUCCCUCACCCUCCUGCUACGCCUCCUGCUUCCACUUACUCCGAAUUCCCUACGAACAUUCCUACCUUUAAAACCCACACUCCUUCUACUCCUGUCCGAUCAGUCUCACUGGGCACACCUACGGGCACCGAUACCCCAGUGAGCCGGAUGUCCGGACAUGACUACCAGGAAGAAUUCCAACUUUCUCCUGUUUACCGCGAUGGUCUGAUCCAACGCCACCGUCAGCCCUCUCGCAAGUCCUCGAAAAAGCAGCUGCUUCGAUCCAACCUCAGCCUCGAGAACCUGCCAUCCAUUAUUAAGCAGGUGCAGUUCAAGUGCAAGGAGCCUGGCUGCAAGGGUCGUUUCAAGCGCCAGGAGCACCUGAAGCGUCAUAUGAAGAGCCACUCCAAAGAGAAGCCCCAUGUUUGCUGGGUCCCUGGCUGCCAUCGCGCAUUCUCCCGCAGCGACAAUCUCAACGCACACUACACCAAGACCCACAGCAAGCGGGGGGUCGUAACCGAUAUGUCGCGACCCUCGAUGAUACCAGUCAAGAUUAUGAUCCCGACUUUCGUGGCCAGCUGA